AUAUCGGUCGACGCACAAAAAAUGUUGAGUAGCAAUGAAAAUAAUAAAAAGAACGACAAAACACUUAGACCAUUGUUUCCUAAACAGGCAGCAGAGUGUUCAUAUGUGUCUUGUUACUGUGAGGAAAAUGUGUGGAAACUGUGUCAAGACGCGUCGUCGCGAGUGCCUGAGGAAAUGGAUAGGUGUUUCGUCGUAUUCAUCUCAAACACGUGCCGUACUGUGCCUUUGUGGAAACAAAGGGCUGGGCGGGAGGACGACCGCCUCGUCAUAUGGGACUAUCAUGUAAUAUUCUUAUAUUCUUGGGAUGCCAAGACAUGUCUUGUGUAUGACUUGGAUUCUGAGCUGCCUUUCCCAACUUUCUUCCACAAGUAUGUGACAGAAACAUUUCGCACAGAUCAAGUAUUGAAGUCAGAUUUUCACAGAUUCUUCCGGGUAGUACCUGCUAAGCAGUUCUUACAGCAUUUUGCAUCUGAUCGGCGUCAUAUGAAGAGACCAGAUGGCUCUUGGAUAAAACCUCCACCACCUUAUCCAGCCAUAAGCACUUCUUCUUCAUCACAUAACUUAGAUGAGUACAUCAACAUGGACAUCGGCACAGGUCCAGGACAAGUGUUCACUCUCACAGAAUUUGUAAAACGCUUUUACAAAAUAGACAAGUAGUACAAAGAGGAGGCUGUUAGAUAGUUAAAUAUUACUUUGAGUUCAGUUUCAUGAUUCCUAAUUUAUGUUGAUUAUGUUUUAGUAAUCUUUAGUAUGGAUAUUGUUGAACUUAUGCCUGUUUUUGUUUUAUUAUGAUCAUUGUUCUUCUACACAUACUAUUAUCAAAUUGUCCUGUCUACCAAUAAUCAUAGUCUCUUUCCAUCUGUACUAAACAUCCAAAAAAUGAAGUUUCUUGUCUGCACUUGACAUAUCUGACUAAAUGAAUGACAGUCUGUAGACAUUACGAAGUACAGCACAUUCAAAGUGCCCUAUGACCACA